CUGUCAGAAGGACUCUUCCAGACAUCCAAACCAUCCCCGAACAGCCUACUGGGGGCCCGACAGCAAGGAGCGGCAACUUCCGGAGAGGAGCUGAGGUAGCCAUGUUUCUGUAAUUUCACUACAAAAUGACAGGAUGGCGCUAAACAAUGUGCGUUUGACAAUUUUGUUUAAUUCAUGUUUCCAUUUCCUGAGACCGGCUGUUGCUUCAGGAUACAAAAUGACAGCAGUCGUCUUUAGUUCUAGCAAGAAUGUCAUGAAUGUGGAUGAGGUCCAAAGAAAGGGCUAUGCAAUAGCCAACACUCCCACACGGCUGGUGUUAAGAAGCCCUCAUAAUGCAGAGGAGACAUACCUUCAGAAUGUAGCUGGGGUUCCGAUGCGGGUGCUCUCAACCUCAACCUUCUUUGAGCAGAAGUGGCUGGUUACUCGAGUAGAUGCCACGGCUGUUUGUCCAACACCAGGGGCAGUUGCCUUUACUCCAGAAGUGAUCACCUGGUACAUGCCCAAGCACAUAGACCCACUUUUAUCCUCUGAUGCCUUCACCAUGUUGGAGGUGUACAUGGGAAUUGAGGCUGAACACAAUGACCAGUACUUUGUCACUUACACCAUUGAGCCCAUGCUUGAGUUGCUGUGGAUCGAGGAGAUCGCACACGAGGACACCAGCUAUAAAGUCCUCUUCCCUAUCACAACACCUCCAAUGGCCAGGCCUCCACAAGUUCACACGCCCUUAGACACAGUUCCUGAGCAGGCAGUGUUUGUGCUUGAGUUGGGGACCUUCAACCUUGAUGUGGAGCUGCUGAACAUCACCUUUCCCACCAUGGUGCUAACUGUUGCAGAGUGCAACGCCAGGGGCUUCAAUGUUCAGGAGCAGAGAUCCCCGGACAACACCUUGAAGACCUUCAGGAUGGAGGUGCCCUUCUCAGACCCGGUGGUCUUUAAGGAGAGAAGGGCGGAACAAGGGGUCACAACCUUCACUCUUCAGAUGAUCUACAGCCUGGUCAUCUUUCCAGAGUACGCUCCUUUCUCUCACUCUGCCGUUGUGGACGCUGUACUGCUGGACAUUGUGCCACCCUCAGUCACUGGCAACUGUGAUCAGGAGAACUUCCACAUCACUGUGGAUUACAGGAACCAAGAGCCCUUUUUUGUAGUCUUGGUUGGCAAGCGGCUGCUUAACCAUGAGUUUGCUCAACAGUAUUUAACAGAGGGUGACACAGACUUCACCAUCACGUUGCCCUUCUCUUCGCCGGACACAGUGUUUGAGUCGGUUCACUCGUCCUCUGUCAGGAGCAGACUGGAUGUGGCUCUGUUGAAUCCUUACAACAACAUGACCAUCAAAUACUUUUCCCUGGCUUGCAGCUUCCUCAAAACGCUGACUGAGUGUUUCUCUAACGGAACGAUGACUGCGCUGGCGGUGAAGGUGGAUUCUGUUCCCGGUCUGAACCCCGGUCAGCUGACCCUGAGCGACCCCGCCUGUGGUCCCACCUACAGUGACGAUCGCUUCGCCUACUUCCACUUCACUGUGAACUCCUGUGGCACCACCAGGAAGUUUAUCAACAAUGUCAUGCUGUAUGAGAACGAAAUCUCCUUGCCAGAUGAACUUGAGGUGAAGCUGAAUGCCACAACGUCUUCAGAGGAGGAAUAUCAGUUAAAGGUUUCCUGCUACUAUGUGGCCAACAUCACUCGCACAUUGGCCUUCCUGACCCGGCCGCGUGACAACGAGCCUUUUGCCGAGACUGGGAAGGGUCGACUAAUGGUCAGAAUGAGACUCGCUCAGGACGCCUCGUAUAACACGUUCCACCAGGAGGAGGACUAUCCAGUGGUGAGGUACCUGAGACAGCCUCUGCAAUUUGAGGUGGAGCUGACCACGACCUCUGAUCCCAAGGUAGCGCUGGUGCUUGACCACUGCUGGGCCACCCUCAACGAGGACCGUGACUCCCGACCCCGGUGGAAUCUCAUCAUUAAUGGCUGUGAGAACCCCGAGGAUCCAUACAGUGUGGUCUUCCACCCGGUAGUAGCUGAUGCCAGGGUCCACUUCCCCCCUCACGUCAAACGCUUUGAGGUCUAUAUGUUUUCCUUCGCUGAGGAUGCGGUUGAGCCGAGUGGCCAGGUCUUUGUCCAUUGUGAUGUGGUCAUCUGUGAUGCCAGUAGUCCCUCUGUCCACUACAGGGGC